UUUCCAUCCCAUCCCUUGCCAAGAAAGAAGAAAAAAAAAAGGGUCUCAAAACAAGAGUUUCAGACUCCUCCGUCAAACACAGAGAGAGAGAGAGAGAGAGAGAGAGAGAGAGAGUGUGUUUCAGAGAUAUGGGCAAUAGCUUAAGAUGUUGUUUGGCUUGUGUUCUUCCUUGUGGAGCCCUAGACUUGAUCCGUGUAGUUCAUUUGAGUGGCUACGUAGAGGAAAUAACACAUCCAAUCACAGCUGGUGAGAUCCUUAAGGCUAACCCUAAUCAUCUUCUAAGCAAACCAUCCUCUCAAGGAGUUGUCCGUAGAAUCCUAAUCCUCUCGCCAGAAUCCGAGCUCAAAAGAGGCAGCAUAUACUUCCUUAUUCCCUCGUCUUCAUUGCCGCCGGAGAAGAAAAAGAUCGUGGGCAACAAUAUUACCGGCAAGAAGUACUCUUCAUCAAUGAAGAGCAGAAAAUGCAGCACUUAUGAUACAUCUGAUUGCGAUUACUUAACAGAUACAAUCUCCUCAAAUAAUAAAUCCUCACGUAGAGAUCGCCGGACCUGUCGUCUUGGAGUGUGGCGGCCUCAUCUAGAGAGCAUCUCCGAAGACUAAAAUUUUUUCCGGUGCCGGACGUCUACGUCUCGUGUAAUAGCCGAAGCGAUACAAUUAUAUGCAAUGGGGGCUUUUUUUAAUGUACGUGGCGAAAUUAUAGGACAAAAAGAGAGAUUAAUAUUUGUACUUUGUUUAAUUUGGACCAAACAGGAUUUGUAUUCUCUCCAAGAAAAUUGUAAAGUAAAUAUGUUGCGUCUCUGGUAA